AUGUCUGUCUGUGUCGCCUGUAACAAUCCUCUCGAGAUCGAGAUCGAGCGCGACGAAGAUGAGGAGUACGGCAACGGCGCAUCAUCUUCUAGCAAAGCUCCCGCCGCAGCGCCAGAAACUGUACCAGACGAUGUACAGAUGAAUUGCGGGUGCCAUUUUCACUGCAUUGCAGGGACUGCCUUCUCGAAGCCUACCAAACCACCGAGUGCUCAAACUGCGGCAAGAACAUUGCGUCCAACUCCUCGACCGGCGCGCAACAAGUCCUCUGCAACCUGAACAAUGAAGGCGGCAUGCAGCAAGACCUCGAUAUCCUGCCUCUCCUCUCCGAAGAAAGCUACCUCAAAGCCUACCCCGAAGACCGAAAGUGUCGCGCGUUUCUCGAGUUCUGCCGCGAAGGCGACUACAAGGCCAUUAUCGACAUGCUGCAAGACGACGAGGUGGACGAGGAUGACGAGGACGAGGAGAUGGGCGACAGCGAUCAGUCUGGCAAGGAGGAGGUCGGCAUUGACCGCAUGUUGCGAUACCAGGACCCCAUUGGUGACAUGCAGUCGGGACUACAUGCGGCGGUGCAGGCACAGAGCAGAGAGGUUGCGUGGUUGCUGUUGCUGUUAGCCAGCAACUAUCCUCUGCUCGAGUUCCCGCCUGAGGUCUUCCAAGAGGCUGAGUCGAUGGGCAUCAUGAGAGGCUUGACUGAGGACAAGGUGGACAUCAGAAGCCUGAAGGAUGCAAAUGGCAAGACGGCGGAAGAUAUCGCAAACGAGAUUGGUGGAGUCUGGAAUGGUUGGACUGGUAACGGCCGGUUGGCGAUAUAAACCGUCUAUGCAAAUAGUCUGGGAAUGUGUACAGAGCCAAUAAAAAGUUUAAGAUAUCCAUGUCAUGGACAUCAGGGUGUUCC